AUGGCGUCUGCAGACGAGCGAGCCAAAAAAGUAGAGGCCGCGAAGUUGAAGCUGAGACGCUUCCAAGCCUCGAAACCCGGAGGAGACGAGUCUAGGAGGAGCAUCGACGUUGGGCAGCAUACGCCGCCACGUGCGCAAAAUGCUGGGGAGAUCACGGCGUAUGGCGCAUCUACGGCCUCCUCUGCGACACCGAGACCGAUACUUGCCUAUGGAGCCGCGGACGGAACCUCAGCACCUACCACUCCAUCAGGGCAACCGAGCGAGCCUGGAGUCACAGCACCUGUUGAUGCACCACCCCCGACACAUGUUGACAUUGAUAACCAUGACGACGCCCAACUCGAAGCCAAGCUGCCCAGUUCUCAGAACGCGCUGGAUAAGGCAAAAACGGAAAAGACGGAGCUGCGGAACGAGAUAGAAAUAGAAGCCAAUCAUAAGUCGAGUCGGGAGGAGGAGAAUCGCGUGUUGCAGGCAGAGCUGGCUUUGCUCAAGGCCGAGGUAUCAGCGCAGCGAUCUGUGGAACAAACCCAGGAUAGCUUGCAGAACGUGCUGGAUAAGGCUGAGGAGGAGAAGACGCAGCUUCGAAAUGAGAUAGAACGGGAAGCCAGUCACCGGUCAAGUCGUGAGGAGGAGAAUCGGAUGCUGCAGGCAGAGCUUUCCUUGCUUAAAGCCGAGUUAGCGGCGCAGAAGUCUGUAGGGGACACACAGGAAGGUGAACUGCGGGCCGUGAAAUCACAGUUGGAUGAGAACAGCGAGGUGAUUCGGGGACUCAGGGAGGAGCUGGAAUUGGCGAAACGGUCUGCCAAGGAGACAGCCGGGACAACGGAACUAGAAGAAACUCUCACCGCGGAGAGACAGAGGGUGUCGAGUUUGGAAAAUGAUGUAGCCGAUGCUGCUAUCCGACUACAACAGGCGGGAGAGCAGCUGGCGGAGGGGGGUGCCACUAUCAGCGCUCUUCGCGAAGAGUGCCAGGUGUUGGGCCGCCGAGUCUUGAAAUUGGAGGCCGACAAGGCAGAGCUGCAGAAUGAACUAGUUACCCUACGGUCCGCUAUUGAGGAGGCAGGAAAGGAAAAGGCCGAAGCGGCCCGAGCGGAACUGGACAUUGAAAAGAGUCAACUACCUGCCGACCGGCCUGCAUCUGUCUUGUCAGCGAAAAGCGAGGUUUCGCGCCCGGGAUCCGGGCCAACUGUCUCCGAAGAGCCGCAUGAACACCUGAAAGAAUUGGAACGCAAGUUGGCCAAACUGCAACAGGAUUACACAGCCUCACAAGCCGAACUGAAGCGGCUUCACUUAUCCCAAGCCGAUGUCGGAACCCUCCUCCUGCGGACCGGGUCAUCUCCAACUUUUGCAGAAAGCCUCGCAACCUACCAACGACGAUGCGACGAGCUGGCGACGCUGGUUCAGUCUCUGCAGGUAGAGCGCGAUCAGAUGAAAGCUGAAGUUGAGCGCCUCAAAACCGCCGCGUGGGAAAGUGAGCGUACUGAGGCCCGGUCAGCGGAAAUGUCGGGCGAGCUGAGCAGUCUGCGCGAGAGUAUAGAGAGGGAACGGGAGAUGUGGAAAGGACGGGAGGAGAUGAUGAAGAAAGAAGUCAAUGCGGCUCGAAGCGAUAACAGUGUUUGUGUACAGCUUUUGGACACACUUUGGGCACUUCUGCGCGAUGAAGUCGGCUCGAGCGGCGACGAUUCGUCUAGUAUACCACACACACCAACGACUCAUCGUCCCGCGCAUUCCACGAAGGCAUGGAGAGACGGAGCGCUAGAGAAGGCUGUCAAUAACCUGUUUGAGAAAGUGAAGGAUCUCAAGCUAGCCUUGGCAGAAGCACAUGUCGUGAUGGACAAGCAGCACGACAAGAUCGAGCAGCUGCUGUCGGAAGGUGCAACACCACCGGCUUCCAAUAGCCAUCCUCCCCUUGAUCGCCGGCAAUCAUCGCUACAGCAGAAUGCGAGCGCCGAGCGGGAGGUUUCGCGGCAAGACGUGGGGACGCAGACGCAUCCCAUGCUUGCGUUCGCACGAUUGGAGACUGUAAAGGCUCGGCUUGCCGAAGCCGGGGUUAUAUGGACGUUCCCCAGUGCCAAUCGACGAGGAUCUCAGGAACUCAAAGACCAACCUCCUGCGUCACCAUUUUCUUCGGAUUCAGCAAGUACUCAAACACAUGAACCUCGGCCUAGUGACCUGACUGCCCUAGAGAAGCAAAUCGGGGCUUUGGCCAUGUCGCACGCCCAGCUGCAAGCCGCGCAUGAGAUCGCUCAAGCCCACAUCGCCUCCCUCGAGCAACGGUUGGGGCAUGCCAAGAAGCUUGUGGUGGCAUUAUCCACCGGGGAUAUCAGUCAAUCGGGCGAAGAUGAAGACGAUGCAGCACAGGUUAGCGAAGACAGAGUGCGUCUGACGACCACACUAGUUGCGCAAAUGGCGCAGAUCCGGGAACUGGAGGAGGAUCUCAAUGCCUGGCGGGCACGAUGCGAGGAGUUGGAGGAGAUCGUAGAGGAGUGGUCGCUAGGGAGCGCCGGAGGGCCGUCCAAGACUGUUACAAGUCCGCAAUCAGCGUAG